UGCGCCGCACGUGUGCGAGCCCGGCGGCUGGUGGGAGAUCUGGUACGAGUGAGUUUCCUCGCGGUGUAGCCUCUGCGGACUGGCGCUGGCUGCGGUCUCCUCAGAGUGGCCGCUGCUCUCCUGCGUCCAGAGCGAGCGCCUUCUUUGCCUCUUGGCCCGCGCCUUCAGGCUCCGGGUUCUCGUAAAUGUUUUCUUGGAACCUUCAAGAUGGAAAUGACAAACGUGUCCCUGAAACGUGGGUGCCUUGUCGUGGAAGAUAAUGACGGUGUGGCCUCGCAGGAGGAAACAAAGAAACAGAAGGUCUCAGAGUGCUGUCUGAUCAACAGUCAGGAUGGAGUAGAACAUGAAGGUCUGCACAGCAGUGAAAAUGAGCCUGGGCCUCCAGAAGCUGGAAGUACAAAGAAAGAAGAAAAGAAUUGCAGUGCUCACGUGCGAGAGGAGGAAGAGGAGGAAGAGGAGGAAGAAGGCCUUCCAGAGACAGGGGAAGAGGAGGAGCCAGAGAGCUUUGCAGACAUGAUGAAGCAUGGGCUCACAGAGCUUGAUGUCGGCAUCACCAAGUUUGUGAGCCCUCAUGAGGGCUUCUCAGGGAUCUUAAAAGAAAGAUACUCUGACUUUGUUGUUCACGAAAUUGGAAAAGAUGGACGGAUCAGCCAUUUGGAUGACUUAUCUGUUCCAGUGGAUGAGGAGGACCCUCCUGAAGAUGCACUCACUGUUCUGACAGCUGAAGACAGACAGCAACUGGAGGAGCUACAGCUUUUCAAAAAUAAAGAAACCAACGUUGCCAUUGAGGUCAUUGAGGACACCAAAGAAAAAAGAACCAUCAUCCAUCAAGCUAUUAAAUCUCUCUUCCCAGGAUUGGAGACAAAAACAGAGGAUAGAGAAGGAAGGAAAUACAUCGUAGCUUACCAUGCAGCUGGCAAAAAGGCUUUGGCAAAGGUCAGAACUGCAGCAGAUCCAAGAAAACAUUCUUGGCCAAAAUCUCGGGGAAGCUACUGCCACUUUGUUCUAUACAAGGAAAACAAAGACACCAUGGAUGCCAUCAAUGUAUUGUCCAAAUAUUUACGAGUGAAACCAAACAUUUUCUCCUAUAUGGGAACCAAAGACAAAAGGGCCAUCACAGUCCAGGAGAUUGCUGUCCUCAAGAUAAGUGCACAAAGACUCGCCCAUCUGAAUAAAUGCUUGAUGAACUUUAAGCUAGGGAAUUUCAGCUAUCAGAAAACCCCUCUGAAAUUGGGAGAGCUUCAAGGAAAUCACUUCACUGUUGUUCUCAGGAAUAUAACAGGAACUGAAGAGCAAGUACAGCAAGCCAUGCAAUCUCUGAAGGAGACCGGCUUCAUUAACUACUAUGGCAUGCAAAGGUUUGGGACCACAGCUGUCCCUACCUAUCAAGUUGGAAGAGCUAUUCUACAGAAUGCCUGGACAGAAGUCAUGGAUUUAAUACUGAAACCCCGUUCUGGAGCUGAAAAGGGGUACUUGGUGAAAUGCAGAGAAGAAUGGGCCAAGACCAAAGAUCCAGCCUCUGCCCUCAAAAAGCUACCUGUCAAAAGGUGUGUGGAAGGGCAGCUGCUUCGAGGACUUUCAAAAUAUGGAAUGAAGAAUAUAGUCUCUGCAUUUGGCAUAAUACCAAGAAACAAUCGCUUAAUGUAUAUCCAUAGUUAUCAGAGCUAUGUGUGGAAUAACAUGGUGAGCAAGCGGGUGGAAGAUUAUGGGCUGAAACCUGUCCCAGGGGACCUUGUUCUCAAAGGAGCCACAGCCACCUAUAUUGAGGAAGAUGAUGUUAAUAACUACUCCAUCCAUGAUGUGGUGAUGCCCCUGCCUGGUUUUGAUGUUAUCUACCCCAAACAUAAAAUUAGUGAAGCCUACAGAGAAAUGCUCACUGCAGACAACCUUGAUAUUGACAACAUGAGACACACAAUUCGAGAUUACUCUUUAUCAGGUGCCUAUCGAAAGAUCAUUAUUCGGCCUCAGAAUGUCAGCUGGGAAGUCAUUGCGUAUGAUGAUCCUAAAAUUCCACUUUUCAACACGGAUGUGGACAACCUCGAAGGAAAACCACCACCAGUUUUUGCUUCUGAGGGCAAAUACCGGGCUCUGAAGAUGGAUUUCUCUCUUCCUCCUUCUACUUACGCCACCAUGGCCAUUCGAGAAGUGCUAAAAAUGGACACCAGCAUCAAGAAGCAGACCCAGCUGAAUACAAACUGGCUCCGAUGAGUAGUUGUUCAGAGAGAGACACAGACAAGUGCCUGCUCGAUGACCUGUUCUUUUCUCUUUUAAUGGUUGACCCAUAUUUGAUUUUUAAAACUUUUAUAGUAAAAGAUUAUUUGUAUUUUUUAAAAACUUUUGUCAGCUUAAAGAAAUAAUUUGCAAUAUUUGUACACAUACAAACCCUGAGGAUCCUAAUUAUAGCUCAGAAGAUAUAAAUUGGUCAGAAUAUACUUUAGGUACUUAAAUCCUACUACACUAUCAGCAUUAUGAUUUUAUAACAAUAAAAAAGGGACUUUGAUUUAAAGUAGCAGCUUUAGGUUUUGCUGUGCACCUGAAGUACAACACCAGGAAUUUUUAUAAGUCCUUAAUUGGAGUACACAGUGGUUCAUCUCAAGAGCAAUUGUAGCAAACAGAUCUCAACUAGAAAUUGGAGUCCAUACUUAACCCACUGUACUCAUGUUGGUCCAAUGGUAACAAAACACCCACAGGUUUAUAAAUAUGACUUGGUCUUCAUUGUGUGGCUGUGUGUCAGAUUCAGGUAAGCGUUUCUACAUCUUAUCUUGAGUGGCUCUCAUGUUGAUAGUAUCAGUGCAUUUCCGGGGAGGUUUUUUCUUGAUGGAGAGAUGUAGUUU